GGCGCGCCUUCCGACGUGAACGGGUGUCCCGGGCUGACAUUGCAGAUUUCGGCAUUCACGCUGAACGCACCGAGUGUUUUUAUUUAUAAACAGUGAUCAUUACAAUUUCAUUUAUGAAUGAAAGUAACUUUUUAUGAGCUUGACGGAGAAUGUGAGAACCAGUGAGCUACGGUUACAGGAUGUUACAUAAAUUUGCGAUAGGAAGUUGAACCAACAACAUGGGUAGAAAAAAUUUGACCGUGAUGCGUCUGGGGAGGUGCAUAGCAUUCCUCGCGGCCGCUGCCUUCCUCCUACCUUUCACCAUCUUGCUGAUGGUGGCCGAUCAACAGUACCACCUAACCUACAACACUAAGCGGGUGUUUUAUCAAGAGAGUGACUUCUAUAAAAUUAACGGGACGUAUUACGCGUCCCCAUACGCGGUAACCACUCCCACAUUACCGCGGACUCAGUACCUUUUCGAGAAUGGCAGCCAACACGAAGGUUUACUAACCAGAGACAAGUUCAUGGAAGUGAACGCGAGGAUGGUCGCCAGAAGGGAGUUUCUGAGGAGUGAAUGUGCCAGGCUCGGGCUGGACGGCUCCGGACAUAAGGCGUACGCUUGGGAGUACCUGAUCAAUAGGCAGUACCAUGUUAUUUGGUGCAACAUAUUCAAAGCAGCCUCCACGUCUUGGAUGUACAAUUUUAAUCUAAUGGCUAACUACACCGCUGCAUUCCUAGACAAAACCAGGGUAGUUCUCCUAGAACUAGCCAGAAAGAAGUACGCCAGGCCCACAGUGGAGAUGAUCAAGAAGGCACAAGCGGAUUCCAUCACGUUUCUGAUAGUCAGGCAUCCAUUGGAAAGGCUGGCGUCUGCGUAUAAUGACAAAAUCGUUCAUGCGUGGCCCAAGUCUUUCCAUGACAAGAUGGGGCAGCGGAUUAUCAAAAAAUAUCGAAAGUUACUCAGCGGCGACGAACCCGCGCCCAAAGAGAGGUAUCCCGUGUUCGAAGAGUUCGUAGCUUAUGUUCUGGACGAGUGGAAAGCAAAGAGGAUGUUAGACAUGCAUUGGACGCCUUACUCACGGUUUUGUACGCCUUGCAAGUUUAACUUCGACGUGAUUUUGAAGUUUGAAACAUUAGACGAGGACCAACGCUUCCUGAUACAGCUAGCUCGUCUCCAAGACGUGGUCAAGCCUGAGUGGCGCAACAGCGGUAAAGGCACCAACACAUUGCACAACAUGAACCAUCUAUACUCACGCCUCACGAGGAAACAGCUCGACGGCCUCUACAACUUGUAUAAAAACGACUUCUUACUCUUCAACUACACCGUGCACAAUUAUUACGACGUAGUCCAAGAGGACACAGAGACCAAGGGAUGAACCCUUUAGAGACGACUGAAUGCUUCAUCAUUUCAUUAUCACGCGUGUCCAGCAGACAUCGAAUGUUGAUGCUUUCAUCAAUGGCUUGAAGACUGAUUGAUGGACUGGUCUGUCGACUGAUCCAUAUUGGAAAGAAAAUCAAGACCGUAGACGUCGUACGUCAAUUUUUAUAUUUGUUAUGGCAUAGACAUAUUUUGUGAUACGGACAAAGAGAGCGCAAUCCAUUUUCAAAAUUGAAGUAGAAGGAUUAUUAAAAAAUUGUAUGGCUUAUUUUCCAUCUCAUGUACGUACAUGUAGUAAUUAUGGAAUAGAAGUAUGUUCUCACCCCAACAUACAAAUUAAAAGAUCAAAGUUUGUUGGAAACAAUUUGCCCACAACCGAAGUUCCAAUUUCAUGCACGCCAUGUUUAAUUAUAGCUUUUAGUAAAACGUUUUGUGAUAUCCAAUCAACAUUUGCCUUAAUUACCCCUUAGAUAACGUUAUGUUUGCUUAUCUGUAGCUAUAUUUGUACAGAUAUCAAAACUUUGUGAUUAUUUAUUUUGUUUAAACUAUUUAUUGUACAAUGUAUUUUUUAAGAGCAUGGUAACAAAAUGUUUGACCCAAGUUAUUAAUAUCAAUACAAUUACGAUUUAUAACAUAUAAAAAAAUGUGCACAAAUCGUGAAAAGUGGAAAAAUGUGGUCUCUGCCUAUCCCUCAACGAAAGACACGUGAUUUUAUGUUUGUAUGUUAUAACUACCCAAAUAAAGGCAUUUGUAUUAUUUAUCAAGAUUUGAUAAUGUGCAAUCAUACAUAAUUAUUAAGUAUUAUGUAUGAUAAAAUGCAUUAAUAAAAAAAAAUUCUUCAUUACCCAUAUACUCGUAGGAUAAAUUUGACGUGACUUUCCGUAAACAUAUUUUUAUGAUUGACAAAAGAUAAACAAAAAUAAAUUACAAUUAAAAUUUAUCAUGCCUAUUGAAUCGAAAGUUACAAAUGAACUAUUAAAUUUCAAGAAUGCAUAAUAAAUGUGUGCACUGUUUAUGUCCAAAUUACUUUGAAACUUUUUAGCAAUUAACUAAUCCGUCAGUUCCUCAUUAAACAUAAAUUCAUAUAUAAGCAAUAUUUUGUCAAUAAUAGUAAAAGCGUGAGCAUGGUAUUACGUGAGCAGAAAAAAUAUUUAAAAUAAGUAUCAUGUAAAAAACUUUAAACGACUAUUCCCUGCAUUUUAAGAAAUAUUUCAGCAGAGUACGCGUUGCAUAAUAAUUAAUAAAAAAUAUUUAGCAAAUUAAAAUAUUACGCCGAGUCAUUACUUCAUAAUCUUAGUAAGUUUUUCUUACCAUAUCUGAUUACUUAUAACAUUCAAAAGAUAUCUUAAUAAAUUAUGACAGAUUCCAUACGUCCUUUGAAUCAUUAUUAUGUGAACAAAUUGCUAAUACUUAAGGCAACCUGUUACGGUUCGGCCAGACUAGACUAGGUUGAAAUAAAUAGAAUAGGCGUGUUUAGCUGUCGCCAUAGAGAAUCAUGUAAAUAUGUUUUAGUUUUGUACCGCAAAAUACAAAUUCCUUAGUGCUUCCAUAAGAUAGAUUUAUGGUCUUAAAUUUAAGAACUUAGGUAAUGUAAAAGACAAAUUAGAAUUUGAGUGAUAUAUUCCUGAUUUUUCGCUAAUUUUAUAUACAUAAUUGUUGAAAUUAGUUAAUUUUAAUGUAUGUUUCAUAGUUAUAUGAAUGAAACUUGUUAUUGUUCUAUCGUCUGUCUUUGCAAUGGUACGAAUGAUGCAUGAUUUAUUAAAAGAUUUAAUAAAUUAAGAAGGGCCCUAACGGACUUGUAACCUUGGUCAUAUAAAUACUAACAAAAGACCAACAACACUAUUGUAAAAUAAGUAGGACCAACCGCUUGACAUGCUUCCGUGAUUUAGGAUAUAUUUGGUACAUAUCCUUCGGAAAAUUUAAGAUAAUUAUCACCUUAAUAGCUGUUAAGCGGUUCACUUAUAUGCUAAUAGGGUUGCACUUUUUUAAACAAAAACAUAACAAAACUCAGAUGAAAAUACUAGACAGCAAUAAAUCAGAGAGGCACAGAAUUGCCAUUUCGUCUCAAAAACAGAACUUAAUUUUUUUUGUCGGUUAUUUUUACCAACACAUUUCUUUAUCAAUCGUAUCAUUGCAACAGAUUACAAUCAAAAUAAAUACGAAGCAUACUUUCGUAUUGUUGAAAAUCCAUUAAAUGUACAUGCUUUGUAAACAAAAAAAUUGGUAGGUAUAUGAUUAUCUUGUAUGUUAUUGACUUCAAUAAAAAGCAAAUGGCAUGCAAGAUACUGGUUUCUUAUAUUGAAUAUUAUUACCGUUGUGCAAGUUACUUGAAUAAAUUUAACUAGUAUUUCGCCACCAACUUAAACGUCGCGAACAUUUUUAUUUUUCAACAAAAUUGUGAAUAUCUUAAACACGACUGAACCCAUUUUGUUGUCCUACAAUUUGAAAAUUACAUUAAAGGAAAAUUACAAAAAAAAAUGUGGAAAUAUCAAUAAAAUAGGUCAUUAUGUAUUUUUAGAAAAGUGCUUUAAGUAAGAUGUAAAAAUCUUACUUUUUUAUGCAAUUUUGAUAUUUGUAGUUACAAUGUUUCAUUAUUCUUGGCUUGCAAAACGGUUCUUUAACUUGGUAAUCAUUAGAAAUAUAGGGUGCCAUCCAUUUCAAUAUGUUAAAACAAUAUUAACGAUAAGUACAAAUUCUAUUCCUAUUUAUAAGGAAGACGAAAGUUGAUAACAAUAAAUGUCAUACCACAAAAUAUACUUUACUACUUUAUACGCAGUCCAGUUGAAUGUUGUAAGUAGGUAUGGAAAAUCUUCAAACAUACAAAUGUUUGACAAAUAUUUUAACAGUUACCAUACCUAGCUAUUAAAUUAUUUUGCGGUUUGAUGCUAAAUGUGAAAGGGCCUUUACACUUUUUUUGUGGGACGAAAAGUGAACCCAUGUUACUUAAUAAUGAUAAGAAUCGUGUCACCUAUACUUUAUGUUUACAUUUCUUUGCUAAAAGUUUAUUAGGUACCUACUUAUAAUAUCCGGCAUUGAUCAGACUUUCAAUAAAAUGAGAUUUUAACUAAUGUAGAAUAGAAACAAAAUAUAAUCGAGAAGCCUUUACAAAAAUCACUUUCAAGCCAUUAAUAAUAGUGAAAUUUUAUUAAUUUUUAAAUUGUUUAUUUUUUAUAUUUACUGUUACUUGAUUCAUUUUAUUUAACUAUCAUAACUUUAUAAUACACGUUAAAUAUUUGCUUGUUGUUUUCUCAAUUUAGUAAGUAAGGUAUUUUGUAUUAUAUCAAUUAUAAAUAAAGUCUAUUCAACCUUUACCACGGCACUUAUUUUCGCCGAUGUAACAUUAAUUUUUUUUAAUAAUUUAUUUAAGUACAUCAUCUAUUUAAAGUUUUUUAAACAUUAAAUGGAAAUUGCAUUACAAUUAUUUAUAUAAAUAUCGUUUGUAAACUGUUGUAUGUUAAAGUAUAAAUGAGUUAUUAACGAAUGAAUGAUAUAUUGUAGUUGAUAGUUAAAAAUGCAUUUCAGACAUUCAAAUAGGUAUAACUACUAAACUUUUGCUCUCUCUAAGAUUUACUUUUUACGUUACAACUAUUAGUACCUAUAAAAGACGAUCAAGGCAUUUGAAGUUAUUUAAAGCAAAAGUAUUUGGACUGUUUUAGACGAAGAGGCAAGUUUUAGCAAAUUUACUAAUACAAAUGGUUUGACAUACAUAAUAAUAGAGGUAGAAACUUCUUCAUCCCUAUUAGGGCAGACAGAACUCUUACACACUAAACUGCUGUAAUUUUAGGUCAUCGAGAUGAGUUAAAGAUAAAAAUUGCCAACGAUAUAAAACACGGACACCGAACAACUUUUCUUAAAGGAAUACAAUGCAUUAAAAACCUUAAAAGAGAAUCCUUUCGUAGUCCGUCCUUUUGUCAAGAUUCUGUUUAGAGCUCUUACUACGUUAGACCAGUCAGUCAUAAUUUUCUGGGCUGUGGCGAAAAAAAAAACUUGUUUUUCACCACACCAAUAAGAACAUAAUAUAUAAAAAGGUUUAUACUUCAAAGUUUUACCAAAAGUUAUAAUUUUCUCAUGUUUAUGUAGAAAAGUUGUUCAGUAUCCAUUGCCGCGUGGGUCUGAUGUCAUGAAGAAAAGUCAUUACUCUUUUUUGCUGUACAAAACAAUGCACAUAGUAAUCAAUUAUUUGCCCUUAAGAAGAGUUAGUAACGUAUGAAAGUUAGUUAGUAUGGAAUGAAUAUUAGACCAAAAUGUAAUGGCCUACGAAUGUAACUGAAAUGGUGCUAUAGUCCUCUAGAUUUGAUCUCAUAUCAAGUGAGACGUGCAUGCAGUAAUUUAAUGCUAUUACGUGAGAGUUGUGUUAUAGAUUUCGAAAAAUAAUCGGUUGUGUUUACAUAUUGUUAUAAAAUAUUCUUAGUACUUAUAGAAAAUAAAUUACCUAUUUAAUAU